GGGGGAGGGUCUCCAGUCUCCACUCUAGCUGCCAUAACAGCGCUCAGCUCAGGCAGGCAGGCAAGCAGGGGGAAGCGCAUCCUCAGAGAAAUCCGCUGGAAACAUGAUCACCAGGGGAACAUAAACGCAUUCUUUGGUCACCAGUCAGAUGAUCGUGUUUUCUUUUUUUUUGUUUUUUUUUUCGCGUUAUUCUCCAAAGAGGACGUAACAGAGGAGAGGCAGGUUCGUGUUAGGAAAGACAUAAAAACCGACAUCAUCAGCAGAGCUACGCCGUGUGAGUGAGGCGAGGUCAUCGCAGAUUACCACGGUUCCCACGACUCCCCGUGCCUUCAACUCCAAUCUAAACCUCUAACACUCCUCAAAACGACCUCAGGCACCGCCACCAAACUCAGACAUCUCUUCAUCUAGUACUGUUAUUGAUAUCUCAGAGAGGAUGUGAGAAGGAGAAGGACUGAGGGUAGGAAACCCCUGAUAAGUCCAACCAAGGAAGGAACUGGAACCACGUGACUGCUAUGGACUGACGGGUCAACUGAUACCAGAUCACACUGGCUUUGCUUGGAAGUUGACAAUGGUGUUGUUUCUGAUUGGGAUCUCUAUUGCUGUGAAUAAUUCAUCCCAUGAGAACCAAACUGCAGAAAACCCCACCCAUCAGGGUGCUCAUGUGCUGCCCUCAACACUGGUUAUAUCCCUGCUUCUUAUCAUCAUCAUCCUGCUGACGAUCUACUGUCUGAGGUUCAAAAACCACAGGAAAGCUCUAGUUACCUCUGUGGAUAAAAAGAUUCCAAAUGGCUUCAUGGAGGAACAAGGAGAGCAGACAGUGGUCCUCCUCCCGAGAUCUCCCUCGCCGUCCAAGAGGUACUUCCCUAUCCCUUUAGACUCCCUGGAAGAGGAGUACCGGAUACGCUCCGCGGACGAUUGCAAGCUCUUCAGAGAAGAGUUCAAUUCGCUGCCAUGUUAUUACCACCACGGGUCCUUUGAAGAGGCGAGCAGAGAGCACAACAGAGAGAAAAACAGAUACCCCAACAUUUUACCAUAUGAUCAUUCAAGAGUGGUGUUAAGUCAUCUUGAUGGACAUCUAUGUUCAGACUACAUAAAUGCAUCCUACAUAGACGGUUUUAAAGAGAAGGGCAGAUUCAUUGCAGCUCAAGGCCCAAAGCUUGAGACAGUGGCCGACUUCUGGCGGAUGAUUUGGGAGCAGAAAACAGCGACUAUAGUAAUGCUGACGAAUCUGAAAGAAAGGAAGGAGGACAAAUGUUUUCAGUACUGGCCAGAAAAAGGCUGCUGGAUGUACGGGAAUAUCAGGGUGGCGAUGGAGGAUUUCACUGUACUGGUGGACUACACCAUUAGAAAAUUUUGUGUUCAAUAUCAGGGCAGUGAUGGUCCCCGAGCUCCCCGGCUGGUCACCCAGCUCCACUUCACCAGCUGGCCAGACUUCGGGGUGCCAUUUUCACCUAUCGGCAUGCUGAAAUUCCUCAAGAAGGUCAAGGCUGUCAAUCCAUCCUAUGCUGGACCAAUUGUUGUGCACUGCAGUGCUGGGGUUGGGAGGACUGGGACGUUCAUUGUCAUUGACAGCAUGAUCGACAUGAUGCACAUGGAACAGAGGGUGGAUGUCUUCGGCUUUGUGAGCAGAAUACGAGAACAGCGCUGUCAACUCAUCCAGACAGAUAUGCAGUACUCCUUCAUCUACCAGGCUCUGCUGGAGUACUAUCUGUAUGGAGACACAGAACUGGAUGUGUGCUCUCUGGAGGGCCAUCUGCAGAGGCUUCACAACACCAGGGCUCCCCACGACAGGCUGGGCCUGGAGGAGGAGUUCAGGCUGACCAAUGUUCGUAUAAUGAAGGAGAACAUGCGAACUGGGAACCUCCCUGCAAACAUGAAGAAGAACCGCGUGCUUCAGAUCAUCCCGUAUGAUUUCAACCGAGUAAUACUCUCAGUGAAAAGAGGACAGGAGUUCACCGACUACAUCAAUGCCUCCUUUAUUGAUGGCUACAGGCAGAAGGACUAUUUUAUCGCAACCCAAGGCCCCCUGUCUCACACAGUGGAGGACUUCUGGAGGAUGGUGUGGGAGUGGAGGUGUCAUUCAAUCGUUAUGCUCACCGAACUCAAAGAGAGGGAGCAGGAAAAGUGUUUCCAGUAUUGGCCAUCAGAGGGCAGUGUAACAUUUGGAGAUUAUUCGGUGGAGCUGACUGGAGAUACGCUGUGUGAAACCUUCACUCUCAAAGACAUGGUCCUCACCUACAGACCAGAAAAGCAGUCACAACACGUCCGACACUUCCACUUCCACGGAUGGCCUGAGAUCGGAAUCCCAGCCGAGGGAAGGGGAAUGAUUGACAUUAUUGCCGCCGUGCAGAGGCAGCAGCAGCAGUCUGGAAACCGUCCCAUAAUUGUGCACUGCAGUGCUGGAGCUGGUCGGACCGGUACCUUCAUUGCCCUCAGUAACAUUCUAGAGAGGGUGAAAGCUGAAGGCCUCCUGGACGUUUUUCAGACAGUCAAGAGUUUACGCAUGCAGAGACCACACAUGGUUCAGACUGUGGAGCAAUAUGACUUCUGCUACAGAGUGGUUCAGGAUUUCGUUGACAUCUUCUCAGACUACGCCAAUUUUAAAUAAUACCUGUCAGAUACUGUUCUGUAUCUGUUCUGUAUGAAUUAACUUAUGCAUUUUUUUUUUCCCCCUGAAUGUUAUUUUUUAAAAGCAAGCUCUUUUUACAUUUUGCACUUGAUUACAGAAUUAAAUGUUGUAACAUACUGUAAAAUAAUUGAAAACAUCUGUGCUCCAGGAGAGUCUGUCUCUUUCAGGAAUGCUUGACCUUCAAGUAUCCCAAUGUAAAAAUAUAGGAAUUAUAGUGGUUUAUGUAAUAGGUUGGCUGGGUUCUUGAAUAUGUAAAAAAAAAAAAAAAAAGAAAAGAAAGAAACGUUCUAUGUUGCAUAUGUGCAACAUCGUAAUAAGAGAGAAUAAAGUGUUUUAGAGGAAAUAUUCAAAAACUGUAUUCCAACUUUACCUAUAUAAAUAAUGUAUGUAUACAGUAUAUUGUAGUAUGUAUUGCUCACUACUUGAAACGCAUUACUAAUGUGUUGUAGGACAUGCAUUCUUUUUCAUUUUUGCUUUGUUUUGUUACUGACCACAAUGCCUUUGGUUUACAGUUGUCUUUUAUGUUAUGCUGCUUACUCAACAUGUUUGAUUGCUACAAGGAGAAUUAAUUGUGUGUUUGAUAAGUAGGCUAUAAUAAUUAACGCUUUUACUAAAAUGAUGUCCAGUUUGACAUGUACGAAUAAUAUUUACGAUCUACUUUUAGCUCACACAAAACCAUAAAACUCAUAAUACGUUUCACUCUUUAAGACGCUGCAAAUUACCUCACCUCUGCCUGUGAAUAACUUAACAGCUACUGUCUGUUGCAAUUUUAUUCAACUUCACCAACUUUCUUUUGUUGCCUGUGGCAAUAUUACUUAGUGGAUUGGCGCCUGCCUGACGCUGCAAAAUGCAAUUAGCCCACAUUGGUACAGACAGAAAGUAAUGUUUUAUUACAUGAGUCCAAACGUAUCAUUCUUACAGAUGUUUUGCAGCCAAGAAUCAUAUCCUGCUUAAAAAAAAGCAAACAUUUUUAUACACGUUAACAAGCCAACUUUACACUUGCAUAUGUGCAUUAAGCAGUGCCAUACUGAUUAGAAAUUUCGGAGAAUUUCUAAUCAUGAAAAACUUGUCACCGAGUGACACAAUUUUAAUACAGAUAAGCCAGAUGUUUAUGUUUAAUUUCAUAUAAUAGAUACAUUUUUGCAAGUGUGUUGUUUUUGAAUGGUGGUCUUCUGUAUGGCUCAUCAAUUCAUUGUUUGUACAAACACUUCUCAGAAUAUUAUAAGGAAUAACAAGUGUACCAUAAUUUUAGUUCAAAUAAGUGUGUAAGAAAUCAAGAGGAACGACACUGCAGAAAUGUGCGUUUUAAUCAAAGAGGUGAUAAGUGAUCCGGUUGAACUUUGUUCGUAUCCAGGAACUGUGAUGAAAAAUGUCUGGGACAGUGGAAAGCAUUGACAUCAAGAACCAGUGCUCAGCCAAAUAUGAAAUAUGCAUGCACGGGCGUUUUGACAUAUUUUGACUAUGAUAGCUUAGUCUUAGUUUCAUAUUUAAACAAGGAAGGGAACUCUGACAUUUCUGGAAACUCAAAAGCAUAUAUUUUUGCAAGGCUUCUGCUUACUUCUUUGUAGAACAGUAAGAAGUCUUAUGUUUGGGUAAAGACCUUUCUACUCUGUUUGUACUCCCAUUAUUAUAAAGUCACAGAAUGGGUUUAUAUAUAUGACACUGAUCAUUUUGUUUAUUUUAUGUACAUAAAUUAUUGUGGUCAUUAAUCAUCACUAAGUUCUACUGCAUUGUUGGACCUCAUUGUAGUAUGUUGUCAUGUUGAAAGAACGAAAAACAGGGGUAAUGACAGUGAGGCCUUGCAGCUGAUGUAACAUAAAUGCACAAGCAUCUUGUUUCAAUGAUGUUUCUGCCUUUUGAAUCUGUAUGGAUUUGAACUUCUAUUUGUUUGCUAAAAGCUGAUUCCAAUAAAUUAUAGAUGGAGAGAAA